GCAUGCAGAUGAGAAUCUGCCCAGCAAGCAGGAUUUUACUGCGAGACGACCAAGAGGGCGACGAAUGUUCUACAAAACCAGUGUGGAAACGUGGCGUCCAGCCCGGUGCAGAAUUAUCUGUCCUCGAUGUGGCGAACGGCAGUACCCGACCAUUCGCCUAACAGCGGAUCGCUACUCGCAGUCCAUCUAUGGCGCCACGUGGAUUAUGACCUGUUGGCCGUUUUGCUUCCUGCCGUGUUUGUUCACCGCUCCCACUAAGCACCGGUUGCACUGUUCCAAAUGCAAUGCGUUCUUGGGACUCUACAAUCCUAACCAGGAGAUAAUCGAAACGAAUAGCCGCCGCCGCAGGUCAUCGUCAUUAUCAGCGUCAGGCAGCAACGGGCGGAAAGUGAACAUUUGCAGCGAACGAGUUGGCUCAACAUGAUGAGAAGAGACUUGCAUGAAACAAAAUAAUAAAACUUGUGUGGCAUGAACUUGUUCACUUUGGCUGUCACCAUCUAAUGGCAAAUAGCUUCCAAAAUUUAAAUAGCCGAGUGUAAUCAGAGCUGAAUUUAGCUGAUGUUAUAUAGAGCAAAUCUUUUAUUAUAAGAUCAACACCUCGUUGAUUUUUGAAUCUCAA